UGUUACUUGAAAUUUGUCUAUGGUUGAAAAGUGAAAGAAGCAAAGAAGACCGUGUCAUUGGAGGUCAUGCACUUUAUUUUUGUUCGUACAAAUUUUGAUAGCUUAAUUUUGUUAGAAAUUAAUUAAACACCUAAAGAAAUCUCAUGUUUCACAAAGUCAUGUGUGAAUUGAUUUACUUAACAAAAACAUUAUAAUGGCAGACCAGUUUUGUUUACGUUGGAACAACUUCCAGACGAAUAUAGUGAGUGCCUUGGAUUCGUUAAAGUGUUCAGAAGAUCUGGUCGAUGUAACUCUAACUUGUGAAGGCAGAAACAUCAAGGCUCACAAAGUUAUACUAUCAGCAUGCAGCCCGUACUUUAGGAAUGUGUUCAAGGAAAAUCCAUGCCAACAUCCUGUUAUUAUUUUGAAGGAUGUCUCUGCUGAUGAUAUUCUUAGCCUUUUAUCCUAUAUGUAUCAAGGAGAAGUAUUUAUUGAAGAAAGUAAGCUGUCAUCUUUUUUGCAUACAGCAGCUUUACUUCAAGUUAAAGGUCUGACAGGAGUAACACAGCAGAAUGAAAGCUUUUUGUCUAGUGGUGCCACAAACAAACUUUUCAAUCAACUAACAAUAUCGUCAAAGCCAAAUUUUGCGGUUGCUCAUAAAGAGGCUAAAAUGCCUGCCCUUAAGAAAAGAAGGAGUAGUACUUCUGAUAAGCCUAAUGAUAUACCGGUAAACGAUGGUACUAAGAAGAGUAAAGUAUUAGAAACAAGUGACAUAUAUAAUAGAAAUGGUGCACCAACUGUGAAACUGGAUAAUUUAUUGUUUAUACCAGAGAACCAAGUUGAAAAAAGAAUUGACAAAACCGAACAACCAGUAACAGCUAAUGGAAAGAACCCAGCAGUCCAGGUCAAUACACAAGAUGACAUUCCAGUUACCAUCAAAACAGAAUAUGUUGAAGAGAAUAGUUCACCAGCUCAAAUCCAAUCCAUUAAUAUUGACAAUGACGAUAGUCUUCCAGAUUAUGAGAACAGUAUGCUUGCCAGGUCUCUCAUUUCAGGGAUCAAUCCUUCAAAAAGUGAUGUCUGUGCCAACAAUCCAGUUUUAAAAAAAGUAUCCAACAUGUCAGAUAUGCAUGCUAUAAGCCGUUCAAAAGACUCAAGCAUGGAUUCUAUGAAUUUUCCUAAUCCCACAUCCAAAAGUCCUGUAAGAUCAACAACAAAUGAAGAAUCAUUAGUGAAGGCUGAAAAGGCAUCACCAAAGUCAGAUAUGGAGUAUGAACCAGAAGUGCUUUUAUCAGAACAUCAGGAUGGAACAGACACAGACUCAUAUACUCAAGAACAGUCGCAAGCCUUGUUAUUAUUGGCUGGAAUGUCCAAUGUGCCUGUAAUGUCAAGCGGUGCCUCCACAUCUCAGACUAUGACUUCUCACCAGCAAUCAAACCAUGCUGCAAUAUGUGGUGACUGUCCACACUGCGGGAUGAAGUAUUCCAACCAAUCAGCUCUAAAAUAUCAUGUAAGAUUAAUGCACUCAGAUCUGACUAACCGGUUAUGUUGCUAUCUUUGCCCAAGAUCAUUCACAAUGCGAGAAACCUUCAAAGAACACAUGUGGGCCAGUCACGGCCAGCGAAAUUAAUAUCUCAGUAAACCAUUAUAAUAUUGUGCCUUAGAUUUAUAGAAAAGAAAAAUUUGUGCCUUUAACAAUUUUUUAUACAAUAU